AUGACGGAUAGCUCAAGGCAAAGGCUCCUCCAGCAGACCAAAAUGGCCCACGUGGCACAGGAUGGUACCUCCCAUCGGGUAACAUGCCAGUGUAAACGUCUUGUGGAAGAAGGCUGCAUGCAAGAGAACCGGCUCAGGUAUGACCAGACCCGCUACCCCUACUCCACUCCACCAAUGACUGAACCUUUGUACUCCAACUUCAAUGGCCCCAACGCCGAAAGGAACAGCCAAGUACUGCUCCGCGGUCUCUAUAAAGCCAAGACGCAGGAUCCUUACCUGGUGUCAUUCCUGGACCAUUGCCAAAGGCCGGAGGGCUUGGAAGAGCAACCACUGGAAGUGGAUCUGGAGGAUCAUGUUAGCUUCUGGCGAUUUGUCCCAGCCCAGUGGUGCCACUUGCUCAACUUUGCAAUUGAGAAGAAACCAGGAGAGAUUUGGGUGGACCUCAUGCGCACAAUUCAAAUGAUGAAUUCAGAGCUGCAGGCCAACAACAAGAGAGUGGGGAAAUUGGCCAUGGCCUAUGCAGAGCAGCACAACCUGAUCCCAAAGGGACAACACGGGUCUUGCAAGCGUCACCAGGCCAUCGAUCUGGCCCUUACGAAGUGUCUCACUUGGGACGUCUUGCAUCUCCAAUGCCGCCUUGCUGGGUGGAUCUCCAAAGAUGCCAAUCUAAGCACCAGGGUGCGUACGGGGUGUGGCGAUUCUGACCGUGUCUUUAUUCCUCCCACCAUGAUCCCAUUCCAAGGAUGUGGACAAGGCAAUGAGACAGGACCUCCUAUCUGGGUUGCCAUUAGCUCCAUUCGCUUGGGGAUGAUGAUUAGAAAAGGCUUUGGCUUUGACUUUCUGAUCUCAAUAUCUUGGGCUCCGCUCUUGGCCGAUUGCUUAUGCUUUGUCGAUGACACUGAUGUCUGCCAAGCGGCACCGUCUCCUGACUAUGCAUCUACAGCGGUUGGAACCGGACAAAUUGGCAAAGACUUUGGGUAUCCUGAUGCCCCCCUGCUCAAACAGGAAAGCACAACUUGUGGUGAUGCAGGGGAAAGCAAAAGAGUGGGACCAGAUACUAUCCCCAGUGCUCAGGGCGGCACUUCCAAAUGCCGCAACUUUCCUUGUGCUAUGGUAUCUGCCCCCAUUGCACUCCAAGGUGUUGGUGUCCCUCAUCCAUAUGAUCUCCAAGUCAUCAAGCACGUGGACAUGCUACUUCGCCACCCUGCCAAUAAGACCAAGACGGGUGGCUUCUUGGAGGCAGUCCUCCAGGCACAUCAGCUUGAGACCGGUACCUCCUACGGCCUCUUCCAACAAGUCUAUACCAACACCUCCAUCCUGGCGUCUGACAAAUGGGCAAAGCGGACCUGGAGUGAACUCAACUCUUUCUUUCCAUCCACCUGGAGUUUGAUUCCCCCUCUCUUCAGCCACUACGCCAUGCAGACCAACUGUUAG